UAAGAUAUAACUUUUACUAAAUUUUGUAAGAAAAAAAUUCAAAACUGUAAAAGUUAUGGAGUAAAAGGGUUAAAAGAAAGUCAACAUAAGUGGAUGAAAAAAAAAAAAAAAAAGGCUUUUGUAAUGUUCAUCACUGUUGCGUCGAGAGUCUCUCAAAUCUCACUCAUCUUCUCCGAUCUCCAUUGUUUCAAUCGACUCAAGCUUCUUCCUUUUUCCUUUUUUGUUCAAUCGAGUUUUGUCACUUGGUCUAAUGGCUUGUCAAAUUCAAGCUUCACGCGUCUCCCCAAUUCCGGAAAUUGAAAAAGGUCUCUCCUUUAUGAUAAACGUCUUCCAUAGACGAAGAAGAGCUUCGUCCAUUAGUCUCUCUUCAUUCCCUUAUCCCUUAAAAAGUUUGCAGAUGACAAGACCAAACCGGAAAAUAGCGUUUGCGUUGGACACAGGUUCUUCUGUUCCUGGGGAUGAUAAUGGUAUAGGAGGACAAGACAGAAGCGGUCUUGGUACCACUCGAUUAGGUCGAAUUGCGAUUGCAGGAGGGAAACUGUUACUUGGGAAGAUAAACUCUGCAAGAAAAAACUUCCCAAUGAAGAUCUUUUUGCUGCUUCUUGGUUUCUACACUGCCAAUGCAUUGGCAACGAUUCUUGGACAGACUGGUGAUUGGGAUGUGCUUGUUGCGGGAAUUGUCGUGGCUGCGAUCGAAGGAAUCGGUAUGCUUAUGUAUAAGAGACCUUCUUCUUCAAUGUUCUCAGGGAAGUUGCAGUCUUUUGUUGUGUUUAUGAAUUUCUGGAAAGCUGGUGUUUGCUUAGGUCUCUUUGUUGAUGCUUUCAAGUUGGGGAGUUGAAUAAAGGAUCUGUUUCUUCUA